CUUUCCUUGGCAGCAUCAUGGCCACCCGAUACGUCGACCGUCCCAUUCCGCGCAUCUCGCUGCGGGAUUUCGACAGCCGCAUCGAUGAAAUCACCGCCGAGCUGGUCCACGCCGCCGAAAACGUCGGCUUCUUUACGAUCAGCGACCAUGGUCUCACUAUAGAGGAGAUCGAAGCCAUGUUCACCAUCUCCGAGCGCUUUUUCUCGCUCUCCGAAGACAUCAAAGGCACUGUCCCGUGGAACGCUAACAACGUCGGAUGGGAGAAGAAGGCGCAGAUCAGGCCCUCGACCGGUCAGCCAGACACGAAAGAGUCGUAUCAGCUGCAGUUCGGGGAGAACAUGGAGGGAUUGUGGAUGGACGAUAAGCAUCUCCCGGGCUUCAAAGACGUCUCACUUGCAUUCAUGCAUCGCGUCCAGGACGUUUCCGAGCGACUCAUGCGCUGCUUCGCGCGCGGACUCGGCUUCGACGACGACUUCUUCAUCAAAUGCCACGACGUCUCCCGACCAAACGAGCAAACCACCUUGCGACUCCUCCAUUAUUACGCCUUGCCUGAGAAGCCCGACGGCAAGACGUACCACCGUGCCGGUGCCCAUGCCGACUGGGACUUCCUCACCCUCCUGUUCCAGAAAGAAGGGCAGAGCGGGUUGGAGAUCUGUCCGGGAAGAGAGAUCGUGACACAGUUUGGGAUCGGCGAUGAAUGGACACGCGUGGAGGCACAUACAGGGGAUAUUGUGUGCAACAUCGGGGAUUUGUUGAUGUCGUGGUCGGACGAUCGGUUUAAGUCGACAUUUCACCGUGUCAAGGCGCCGUCGGAGCCGGGGGAUUAUUUCGGGGAUCGGUACAGCAUCGCGUACUUCAAUCAGCCAUGCAAGGAUGCGCUGAUUCAAGGACCGAAGAAGAAGUAUCCUUUGCUGACGGGAGAGCAGUUCAAUGCGCAGGCGAUGAAGAGGAAUUUUUCCGCGUUGCAGGAGAAGUUGAAGGCCAUGGAACAGGCUGUGUGAUGAGGCAAUG